AUGGCUGCUACUUCAUUCCAACUCAACACCGGCAAGGCGAUUCCCGCGCUCGGCCUCGGAACCUGGCAGUCCAAGCCCGGCGAGGUCAAGUCGGCCGUCUCGUACGCUCUGCAAAACGGGUACACGCUCGUCGACUGCGCCUACUGCUACGGCAACGAGGCCGAGGUGGGCGAGGGCCUCGCCGAGGCCUUCGCGGCGGGCGUCAGGCGCGACGACGUCUUUGUCAUGACCAAGGCGUGGGCGUCGUACAACACGCGCAUCGAGCAGUGUCUGGACAAGAGCCUCCGGGCCCUGGGCGUGGACUACGUGGACAUGUACCUGAUUCACUGGCCUUUGCUACUGAAUCCCAAUGGCAACGAUGACAAGUUCCCGACACUCCCCGACGGCUCGCGCGACAUUAUCCGCGACUGGAAGCACACCGAAGCCUGGAAGCAGAUGGAGGCCCUCCUCGCCACCGGCAAGGUGCGCGGCAUUGGCGUGAGCAAUUACAGCAAAAAUUACCUCGAGGAGCUGCUCGCCAGCUGCACCGUCGUGCCCGCCGUCAACCAGAUCGAGAACCACCCGAGCCUGCCGCAGCAGGAAAUCGUCGACCUCUGCCGGGCGCAAAACAUCCACGUCGUCGCCUACAGCCCGCUCGGCAGCACGGGCAGCCCGCUGUUCUCGGCCGCGCCGGUGGUGGCCAUUGCCGAGAAGCGCGGUGUCAGCGCGGCCACGGUGUUGCUGAGCUACCACGUUGCCCGCGGUUCUACUGUGCUCGCAAAAUCGGUGACGCCGGCCCGCAUCAGCACCAAUGCGGUAAUCGUGAAGCUCGACGACGAAGAUAUGGCGCAGCUGCGCGCCUACUCGGACGACCUCACGGCCAAGGGCGAGUUGAAGCGCUACGUCUACCCGCCUUUUGGAAUCGAUUUCGGUUUCCCCGACAAGUCGUAA